UUCCUGUUUGAGUCGCUCUUGCUUACUACCGUGUCCCCCGUCCUCUCCUCCUCCUCUUCCCACUCCCCCCUCCCUCCCUUGCCGCCUUCGUUCUAUGUGACUUGAGAACUCCAGACGACUGCAACGUGAGAGGCGAAUUGCGUUUUAAAGACAAAACAAAAAUUGUCCGUUGUUUAUCCCUUCUACACCGGAGAAGCGAGGUGAAAAGUGAAUUUGACGAAGCCGGAGCGAGCGAGUGGACGUGGUUGUGGCGGUUGCGGGAGGGGGAGAAAUGUUGGCGCCGCGUCGCCGCCGCAGCGUCUCGGACUUGGGCAAACAGACUGGCUAUUGUCGCUAAACGGCUCCAAGAGAUGGACGCCUUGGUCCGUUCGACAACCCCCUUUUGAAGCACUUUGAGACAAAGCUCCAACGAGGUCGAAAAUGACAGCCGGCCACAUGUUUCUUUUGAUUGUGAUCCUUUUGGUCCCUCCCUGCACAAGCUUGGAAGCCGAAGGCGACACCAGGCGCUCGCAGUGCUUGUGCGACGGGUCGUCCUGCGGCGGAGGCGACCGCUGUUUUGGUCUGCGGUGCUUCACCUCGAUGUCCUUGCUCAACGGGACUCGGGAGUUUCGGAAGGGAUGCAUUGUGGGUAGUGAAGAAGGAAAGUGCGCUACGCCGCCGACUCCCGAGUUGGUGGUGGAGUGCUGCUACGGAGAUCUGUGCAACACGAACCUGUCUCUGCAGCAGCAUGUUAAAGACGCGGAAGCGUCCGCCGGCAGACCGGCCCUCCGGGAGCAGGAGUGCGUAUGCGAGGGCGCCGCCUGCCAGCCCCAUCGGCGCUGCGCCGGCCAACAUUGUUUCUCCUCGCUCACGGUGGAGGACGGCGGCGCCGCCGUCCAACAGAAGGGCUGCCUGAGGGAUGACGACGUGGGCCGGGCCACCUGCGCCGAGCCGCCCUCGCCGGCCCGCGUCGUCAAGUGCUGCCAAGGCCAUCUGUGCAACAUGAACGUCACGCUGCAAGCUCUGGGGAAAGAGGAAGUGAAGCCCCUGGCCAAAGAGAAGCACGAGUGCGUGUGCGAGGGCAGCUCGUGCGCCACGGGGAACCGCUGCAUGGGCAGCCAGUGUUUCUCCUCCCUGACCGUCAACGGCGGCUCUCUGAUGUACCAGAAAGGUUGCUUUAAUGUCUACGAGCAGAGCACCAUGACCUGCAAGACGCCGCCUUCCAGAGACCAGAUUGUGGAAUGCUGCUUCGGCCACCUGUGCAACCUCAACAGCACCGUCCAGCUUCCCGUCAAAGCCGACGAGCUCUCCAACUACAGCGUGACCAUGCUAGCCGUCGUCAUCGUGGCGCCCAUCCUGGUUCUGAUCGUCCUGUCGGCCAUCGCCAUCCUGGUGUUCCGACGCAUCUACCACAACCAAAUGGAGAGAUUGACAUCACGGGAUGCCGAAUACGGAACCAUCGACGGUCUCAUUGCGUCCAACGUGGGGGAGAGCACGCUGGCGGAUCUUCUGGAUCACUCGUGCACUUCGGGAAGCGGCUCCGGCCUUCCGUUCCUGGUUCAGAGGACGGUGGCUCGACAAAUCACUCUCAACGAGUGUGUGGGCAAGGGCCGUUACGGCGAAGUGUGGCGAGGCCAUUGGCAAGGAGAGAGUGUUGCCGUGAAGAUCUUCUCGUCCCGAGACGAGAAGUCCUGGUUCCGAGAAACCGAGAUCUAUAACACGGUGCUGCUGAGACACGAAAACAUCCUUGGCUUCAUCGCCUCCGACAUGACGUCCCGCAACUCCAGCACGCAGCUUUGGCUCAUCACCCACUACCACGAGAUGGGCUCCCUGUACGACUACCUGCAGCUGAGCACGCUGGACGCGUGCGGCUGCCUGCGCAUGGCGCUCUCCAUCGCCAGCGGCCUGGCCCAUCUCCACGUGGAGAUCUUCGGUACCCAGGGCAAGCCGGCCAUCGCCCACCGGGACCUCAAGAGCAAGAACAUCCUGGUGAAAAUAAACGGCCAGUGUUGCAUCGCCGACCUCGGUUUGGCCGUCAUGCAUUUCCAAGACACCAACGAGCUGGAUGUGGGCAACAAUCCCAAAGUAGGCACCAAGCGCUACAUGGCUCCCGAGGUGCUGGAUGACUCCAUCCAGAUGGACUGCUUUGAGUCCUACAAGAGGGUGGACAUCUGGGCCCUAGGCCUCGUUCUGUGGGAGAUUGCCAGGAGGACGGUCAGCAAUGGCAUCGUUGAGGACUACAAGCCUCCUUUCCACGACGUGGUUCCAAGCGAUCCCAGUUUUGAGGAUAUGAAGAAAGUGGUCUGUGUGGACCAGCAGAGGCCCAACAUACCCAACAGAUGGUUCUCGGACCCGACUUUAAUCUCAAUGGCAAAGCUGAUGAAGGAGUGCUGGUACCAGAACCCGUCGGCCCGACUAACGGCGCUACGCAUCAAAAAGACUUUGACAAAGAUCAACAGCUCCUUUGACAAAAUGAAAACAGACAUUUAAGCGUACCUGGCUCCCCGUCGCAGGCGCUACAGUAUUUCCCGGAUGAACACGCCCAGCCCCUUCAGCGUGCCCUUAUAGCGGCACGGCCCUGUAUUUAUUUUCAAAGACACAUUUUGGCAUCCAAAGAUGGCUGAGCGAGCUCUUGGGAACCGGACGUUCAAUAUUAAGCAAUCUGGGAGCUGGAGUUUUGCUGUUAACCUGGAUGUUAGUGCUUUGGUUUUUGCGCCUGAGUUUGGAGAAGAGGUCGCAUCGAGUAAUUAUUUUUUUUUUUCUUGGCUUUGUUUGUUAGCCUUGUUGUAAGAAAAAGCGUCCAUCACUCUUCCAAUGUCAGCAGUCCUUCAAACAGGUGUAUAGUUCUCAAUCCCUUCCUUUUGUUUGUCUUAGUUGUGCACAACACAAGAAUAUCUGCUAGGUGAUGCUGAGGUUAGCCAUCUCCUUCGCCCUUAAUGGAGGCCUGUACUCUUAAAUUUGCCUUUAUACCGUCUUAAUGUGCAUUGUCAAGUUCAAGAAGUCAAACUUCAACCUUUUUUUUUUUUUUUUCGUUAACAUUUUAUAUCGGCUAGUGGUUUCUAUUAAUUAAAUAGAAAACAAGUAUAUGACCUGUC